AUGGCGACCGAAGCAUCAGAUCCCAAUCAAUACCGACUAGAAACAGAGUUUCAAGGAGAAUAUGUAAUUCACACACAUCCUGACUUUCCUGACGCUGAGGAGCCGCGUGACCAGGGGGCUAUAGAUAUGGUUCAAGGGAGAUGGACAUCCGGAGACGUUAUUGGCACCGGAGGGUAUGGAGUCGUUUUGAAACAAAAGAAUGACAGUGGAAGACUCAGAGCUGUCAAGAGGGUAAGCCGGGGCGCUUUGAGUGCCAAAGAGGCUGGCUUCUCUUGGGAGCUUAGGGUAUUGGCAAAGUUGAAGGACGCAAGUAUCCCCACAAUAUCGGGUGGAAUUUGA